UUGGUUAAAUGCAAGAUGGUUUCUGUUUUUGCAGUUCGUUCCUUUGGUACAGAAGAUAGACCAACUGAUAGACCUAUACCGCCUCGAGAUGAAGUCUUUGAGUAUAUUAUAUUCCGUGGUAGUGACAUUAAAGACUUAACUGUCUGUGAGCCACCAAAGCCUCAGUGUUCUUUGCCACAAGACCCUGCUAUUGUUCAGUCUUCACUAGGAUCUUCAACAACAUCUUCAUUCCAGUCUGUGGGGUCCUAUGGUCCUUUUGGCAGAAUGCCUGCAUACAGUCAGUUUAGUCCAAGUCCGCUUGUGGGACAGCAGUUUGGCACUGUUGGAGUUGGAGGUUCGUUAACGUCUUUUGGAACAGACUCUUCAGGCAGUGCUAGCAUGUCCCAAAGCACUGCAGUUGGUUCUGCGUUUACAACAGAUGCAAGAGCACUAAAAACACAAAUGUCUCAAGGUCGUUCAAGCCCUCAGAUAGAUCAUUUGAGAAGGAGCCCCACCAUGGAGCAAGCAGUACAAACAGCUUCAGCCCACUUGCCUACUCCAGCACCAGUUGGGAGGAGGAGUCCUGUGCCAGCCAGACCUAUGGUGUCUGCUAGCCAAAAAUCAUUGGAGAGUCAAGAGCACAGACGAGCUGAAGCACACAAGGUUUCAAGAUCAGAAAAUGAACUCAGAAAUGAAAACAAACGACAAAUUGUUCCAGGUGCUCCUUCAGCACGAAGAGGCCGUGGAGGUCACCGAGGAGGCCGAGGAAGAUUUGGUAUUAGGAGGGAUGGUCCAAUGAAAUUUGAGAAGGACUUCGAUUUCGAAAGUGCAAAUGCACAAUUCAACAAGGAGGAAAUUGAUAGAGAAUUUCAUAAUAAACUUAAACUAAAAGGUAAACCAACUCUUGUUUUAGAUUUAAGUGUGGGUGAAAUAAGCAUAUCUUGCUGUUCAAGUUUUGUUGCUGCCCUGGGGAAACAGCUUUUAAGAAGUAUUACCUUCAAAGUCUUGUUCGUGGUAGUGGAAAAUAAACCAAUUAAUAAGUAAACUGAAAUUGCCUAUUUAAUUCAUUAAGUAUUUGGUUAAAUACUGAAGUGCGGGCUUUGAAGGAAUUGUGAGUUGAAAGUAUGUGGCAUACUUCAGCAAAUCUGUCAGUUAAAAAUACUUGAGCAGAAGUCUCAGUAGUGUAAGUGUUCUUCUGGAGAAGAUGCAAUAAAAGAAAAUCCAUAUUUUGUUUUCAUUUUGAAGGAGAGUGCAGUGAGGUUUUCUUUGUGUAAAGUUCCUGGUAUUUCUUUGCCGUUACUCCUUUCUAAUGAAACACCAGAGUAAUUCAUAUCCAUGUUGCUAGUAUGUUUAUUUUGUUUUCUGACAGGAUUCUGUUUUUAUUACCUUGUUCUCUAUGACCAGACACCUGUUGGUUGUUACGGCUGCUAGUUUUUGAACAAAAUGCUGUAAAAUAGACUUUUCUAUUUUAGGAAAUGAUUGGCUAAAAGUAUGUCAGGUUUCAGCAUAGAGUAAAAUCACCAAUGGAAUCCUAUAGGAUUUGUUCUCUGGUGCUUGCUUCUUCUGAAUCUUUUUUUAACGAUGAUGUGACACGCAAAUGAUUAGCUUAAUGUGGAUACUAAAUUUUUCAGAAUAGUAAGGAGAAACCUUGAGAAAUGAGUUGGCAGACAACACCAAACUGAGGAAGUGUCAAUCUGUCUGAGAGUAGGAAGAGUCUGCAGGAGUGAUUUGGACAGGUUGGAUUGAUGAGCUGUGGCCAAUGGGAUGAAGUUCAACAAGACCCAGUGUCAGGUCUUGCACUUUGGUUGCAACAACCACAUGCAGUGCUACAGGCUUGGGGCUGAGUGGCUGAAAAGCUGUGUGAUGGAAAAGGGUUUGGGUGUCUUGGUGCUUGGCUGAACAUGAGCCAGGAGUGUGCUCAGGUGGCCAACAAGGCCAAUGGCAUCCUGGCUUGCAGCAGAAAUCAUGUAGCCAGCAGGAGCAGGGAGAUGAUUGUCCUUCUGUACUCAGCUCCUGUGAAGUUGCAUCUUGAGUACUGUGUUCAGUUUUGGGCCCCUCAUUAUAAGAAAGACAUCAAGACCCUGCAGCAUGUCCAGAGAAGGGCAGUGAAGCUAUUAGAGGGUCUGGAACAGAAACAAGUCUUAUGUGGAGGGGCUGAGGGAAAUGGGAUUUUGUAGUAUGGAGGAGACUCAGGAGACCUUAUCACACUCCACAGCUCCCUGAAAGGAGGUUGUGAUGAGGUGGGAGUCGACCUCUUUUCCUAGUGUAACUAGUGAUAGGACAAGAGGUAAUGGCCUCAAGUUGCAUUGGGGAGGAUCUGCAUUCAGAUUGGAUAUUAGGGAAAAUUUCUUCUCAGAGCGGUUAGGUGUUGGAACAGGUUAGAACAGGGAAGUGAUGGAGUCACUGUCCCUGAAAGUAAGAAAAGAGUAGAUGUACUUAGAGACAUGACUUAGUGGGCAGUAUUGGUGGUAGGUGGAUGGUUGAACUAAAUGAUCUUAGAGGUUAUUUCCAACCUUAAUGAUUCUGUGAUAAAGAAUUACAGAAACAUCUUAUGAGACAUAGUGGUAGUGUGUGUUGUGGAAGUUUGAGUGAAGAAAUAAGUUCAAAUGUGACAUGAGAUUUGAGCUCUAAGCAAUUAAAAUGUAAUUUCAGGAUGAUAAGUUCUGCGGAACUAUCAGCUUCUAUUUCAGUAUGAGUGAAAACAAGAAGUAGAACUUCAGACAUUAUUAGAGAAAGAAUAUAACGUAGAGUCAGUUAAAGGCAUGUCUUGAAUGCUGGCCCUUUGACUCAAGAUACUUCAGAAUCAGAAGACAAUGAAGAAGGGUAAUGGGGGCAAACAAAAUCAUGGAUAGGCCUUGGUAAGAGGACUGAUGGAGGCACUUAACUGUAAAAAAAAAAA